AAAAGGGUGGGUGCCUGCCUUGCCGGGAGCCGCCCCUCGUCAGCAGACCUCCCUGCUUUCCCUUCAGCUCGGCCGGGAGCGGAGGCUAUUGGGCUGCUGCGUAACCCCCUGGAAGAGCGCUCGGCGGGCCCGUGCUGACAGCCGGUGAGCAGGGGAAGAUCUGGGAAGAAACAUGAAUCGGAACAAAACAAACCGUGUCCUGCUCACUGUCUUCAUUAUUAUGGCUGUGUUUUGCAGUUCUGGAUAUAUGCUGAAGUGUUAUGACUGUCCACUUACUGCUGUGCCAUGUAAGACCAAUAUUACCUGCAGAAAUGGCUUAGAUUCUUGCCUAUGGCUUAAAACUGGUGAAAAGACACUGUCUCAUUGCUAUACAUAUUCCAACUGCAACAUGAACCAAAUUAAAGAGGAUUACAAGUUUGACAGCUUUAAUUUCAGAUGUUGCCAAAAAGACCUGUGUAACAGGAGUCCAACCACAAUGAUUAGUACAGCAGGCUUCAGCAUCGCUACCAUAAUGACCAUGAUCUGGAUACUCGGCGCUUAAGAUGGAGGGGAAAAAGGAUAAUUUUGUUUUCCUAAAUACCUACUGAUUUAGAAAUCAUUCAUAUAAACAUGCUGUCUAUUGUAGACAAUUUUUGCACCUAGCACAGUUGUGUUGUUUGAGAAAGCAGACUUAGAAAAAAAACAGGUUUUUUUUGGAAAAGCUAUAUGUUAAAAUGUAGGGAAAGUACAUCUACAGUGGUAGAUAACUGCAGGUUCUUAACAGAAGUUAUACUUCUCUGUGUUAUCUGGGGUAAAUUCUUUCUCUUGCUUACAGUAAGUUUCACAUCUCUGAUCUGAUUUGAGUUUGUCCUUUACGCUCCAGUUGUGGCAAUGUUACCUAGCCCUUCAAAGGUGUAAGCCACUUUUUUAAGUCAGUAAGACUAUUGUUGGUAUUGAUCAGCAGCUUUUCCUUUAUUUUCUUAUGUAAUUGUUUCUGCUUGAAAAUAUGUUUAACAAAUAGACCUAACUCACCAUAUUAAAAGUUAUGGUUGCUUUUUUGUAUAACACUUAUAACUGCCAAAAUUGUACUGCUUUGUCGCUAAUGCACUGCAUGCUUAUACAUGCAAUGACUCUUGACGGUCUGUUUUGUUGUAAAGCGUAGUGACUCAGAA